AUGCCCCUUUUCCUCGAAACUGGGGAGGAGAAGGCGUCCGCGGGCGGCCUGGCUGCCUGGCUGGGUUUGAGGGGCACCGGCGGCGGUGGCGACGACGGCGACGCGAGCGGCGGCGACGACCCCUCAGCGCACGCAGCCGAAGAAGAGGCGCCGGCGCCGCUGCCUGCGCCGGCGGCGAUGGCUGCGCAACAGCAGCAGCAGCAGCAGCAGCAGCAGCAGCAGCAGACGGCCGCCGAUGGCCCGGCGCGGCUGGCGCCUGAGGAGGCAGCGGCGGCCGCACCCGUGGCAGCAGCCGCGGUAGCAGCAGAGGCCAGGUGGAUGGCCGCGAUCGGAGACGCCAUUAACGACGCGGCCGCCCGUGUCGCCCUUGGCCGCGCCGCUGCGUCCCGCCGGCCGCGCGGCGCGCGGCGGCGCGUGUGGGACUCUGACCUGUCGGAUGCGUUUGACCCGGCGGGGCCGGCGGCGCCCGUGCACGCACGCGAUGGGGCCGCGAGCGGCGGCGGCGACGGGGGCGGCGGCGGCGGCGGCGGCGGCGCGAGCGGAGGGGUGGGCUUGGCUGACGCCGCGCCGCGGGGCUGGGUGGGGGCGCGCCUGGAGGGAUUGCCGGGGCUUUUGUCCCAGAUUAAUGACGCGGGAGGGGGGCGGUCGGGCGCGCAGGAGGGUGCUUUGCAGGAGCCUGCGGCAGCAGAGCCUGGCGGCGGCUGGGGGGCGCCUGGCGGCGCCGCCCAUUCGCAUGACAGCGGCGUGCGCCCCAGGCGCCCGAAUCGCGGCGGCAGCGGCGGCGGCAGCAGCGGCAGCGGCCCCGCUUUGCCUGAUUUAGCGCCGGGCGCUCCCCCCACCUCGCCGGGGGAAGCCGCGUCGUCGGCGCCGCUGGCCCCGGCUGGCGCGCUAGCGGCGGCCUUGGCGGCUGGUAAGGGCCAUAAAGCGGAUGGGAGCCCCUCACUUGGUGUGGAUGGCGCCUGGCCGCAGCCCAGAGACCAAGGCUGCGAGGCCGAUGCCGCCGCAGCUGAGGCCGAGGGCAGCGAAGGGCCAGCGGACGCGCCGCGGCGGCGUGCAUCCGGCGACGUUCCACGUGGCAGCGGGCGCGGCCGUUGGGUGCUAGUUCGCGCGCUUGCACCGCAGCGGGACGAGGGCCAGCAGCAGCAGCAGCAGCAGCAGCAGCAGCAGCAGCAGCAGCAGCAGCAGCAGCAGCAGCAGCAGCAGCAGCAGCCGGCUUCCCACGGCACAGGCGGCGCGUCCGCGGCGGCUGGCGGCGGCGGCGGCGGCAGCGGGCGUUGGGGCGCG